AUGGCCACAGCCACCAUCCAACACCCUCAAUCCACGCCCUCCUUCGCCCCUCAAGUUCUCAACAACAUCACACCGAGCUCAUCAAACAAGCCGCAGGACGUAGACACCGUACUCCACUACCUCAAGCCCAACGCCGAUGGCUCGCCGCCCGCCCCAACCUACGUAGACAAGCCAGAAACCUACCACCGCGAGCCAGAAACGCACGCCGUCACCGUGCGAGACGUCCGUGGGGCGGAAGAAAAGUUCACGCUGGAUAACAAAGGCUUCAUGUUCUACAAGCACGUAAGCCAGGAGAAGGAUUUUCUUGACGAUGAGAAGAUUAGGGCGGAGUACUAUCCUGAGACGGAGGCGUUGUUGAAAGACGCCACAGGCGCAUCCCACAUCCACAUCUUCGACCACACCAUCCGCCGGCAGCCCCCUACCCAAGAAACCACUACGCCCGACCGCACCCUCCGCGGCCCCGUCCAACGCGUGCACAUAGACCAAUCCUACGCCGCUGCAAAGUCCCGCGUCGCCUUCCAUCUUCCUGACGCAGCGGAAGAGCUGCUAAAGCACCGUGUUCAAAUUAUAAACGUCUGGCGCCCGAUAAAAACCGUGCAGCGGGACCCGCUCGCCGUCGCAGACGCGCACAGUGUAAGCGAUGACGAGCUGGUAGUGACCAAGCUGAUUUAUCCGGACCGCGAGGGGGAGACGUACGGCGUUAAGUAUGCCCCUGGACAUCAGUGA